GGCCUCGAAGUUCGUAGCAUCCACUGCCCGAUGCGCUGGCUGCUGUCGCUGCAUCUGGCGAGUCUCUGUGCCGGGCGCUGGAGUGCGGAGCGCAUCCGAGCGUGGGGGCGCCGAGAAAGCUGGAAGCUGGGAGCAAACUACCUCCCGGCGCACUGUGCAAACACGUUCGACCUGUUUGAUGCGCGAUGGUUCGACACCACGCUCCUUGCUGCCGAACGCGAACUCCGCAUAGCAAGAGCAGCAGGGUUCUCGGCCUUGCGUAUCUUGCUGCACGAAGAACUCUUCUACAGAGAUGGGGCAGAUUUCCUCGACAACGUGUCAAAGCUGCUGGAUGUGUUCCGCAGACAAGGAAUGUCGACCAUGCUGGUGCUUUUCGACGCCUGCUGGCGACCAGAUUCCGGAGAGCCCGGAGAAGACCUGUACAUACCCGGGGUUCACAACAGUGCGUCGGUCCAGUGUCCGACUCACACGGUUCUCAGGGCUUUUGGCCAAGGAGAAGCAUGGGCAAAGAAACGUUUGCAUCAGUACGUAACUGCUGUGGUGGGUCGCUUCGCGACGGAUCCUCGUGUGGCGAUCUGGGACAUCUACAAUGAACCCACUAUGCGACAGAGUGAACACUUGAUCUUGCCAAGACUGGCUGCCAUCAACGGAUGGGCUGCUGGAAGCUAUCCGGAACACUGGCUGUUGGACGGGCCGAAGCUCAACACCAUCCUGCCCCUGGUCAGACAGGCCUUUGAAUGGGCCAGAGAAGUUAACCCGGUGCAGCCGCUCACCACGGCAGUGUGGGAUUUCCCGAACAGCGAAGAUGACGAGGACGUGAAAGAGUACAAGGCCGCAGUCAACAGCGAGAUGGUAGAUCUGAGUGACAUCAUCUCAAUCCACUGCUACUGCUCUCCUGAUGAGCUGGAGCAGCACAUCAGCGAGCUUGCGGCGAAAGGAAGGGGGCCGGUGCUGGUGACUGAGUUCAUGGCACGGCCUCGGAACUCGACGCUGACCAACAGCCUGCCAGUGCUGCGUCGGCAGGGGGCCUGGGGAUACACCUGGGGCCUCUUCCAGGGCCGAUCCAACACGCACGUGCCUUGGAACACGUGGUUAGACACCGAGCUGGGUAUGGAAGGUCCCUGGUUUCACGAUGUCUUCUAUGGGAACGGUACGGCGUACAGCGAGGAGGAGCUCAAGGAAAUCUGGAUCGUAAGUUUCGUUUUCGAGGAGGAAUCACAGGAGGGAAAUGUGGUGCUCUACACCGUUGUCGGCUUAUACCUCGCACUGCUGACUGUGAUUGCGAAGCUCGCACACAGAAGGAAGCAGAACCAGGCCGCGGUGGUUGGGAAGGUGAAGGCUCACUUCAGCGGCUCCUUUGGCAAGUUCACGCUAAUGCUCACGACCUUCUCCACAAUAUACUCUGGCUAUACCGUUACUGGAAUCCCGGAGGAGGCUUUCAACAGAGGCUACAUAUCACUUAGAUGGAUCGGAGCUACCUUGGUAAUCGUGGCCGGGAUGUUGCUGCUCUACCCGAGGCUUCGGCGCUUAUCCGUGGAGCGGAGCUACACCAGCCCUUUCGACUUCAUCUCGGAUCGCUUCGGUACCCGGCGUUGUAGGCUCCUUUGUGCAGCCUGCGGAGUUGUGCCGAUGCUUUUGUAUAUCGCUGUGCAGAUGGUCGCCUUUGCGGCUAUGGUCGAGGGCAUGACGCUCCAAGUUAUCCCGAAAACACCCUGCAUGCUGAUCUUCUGCGUCAUCAUCAUCACCCUAGAAAUGUUGGGCGGCAUGAACAGUGUUGUGUUCACAGAUGUGGUCCAGUGCCUUGUCAUGCUGCUCUCUUUCCUGGUAACUCCAUUUGCCUUGGGGCUUGAAUAUGGCUUUUUGCCAGAGAUGGCGCCAGGUGAUUGUGCCUAUCUUAGCCAUGUCUCGCCCAACUCCACAAGCUCUCAUGCCGCACCCAUACCGUGCGUCGGGAGCGACUGCCUUGCAUCCGGCUGCAUUGCCGCCGUCAGGCCGGACUUUUUCUUGUUUCCCAGCAGAUCCGAUUUCUGUGACGUGUUUUUUUUCCUCUUCAACAUGUUGGCGGCACCGGUUACGCCUCACAUGCUCCAGCGUGCAUACCUUGCCAAAGCUGAUGCUGAUCUGCGUUGGGUAAUCGGGGCGAUGCUACUUGCGCCGUUUAUUGCGCAGCCACCUGGGAUUGUGAUUGGACUGGUGAAGGCCGCAAACAAUCCGGCGUGGCCUCCCAUUGACCAAACCGCAACAGCUUUUUCCAGUGUGAUGGCGCAAUUCAAACUGGUCGGAGUGCUCCAGUACGUGUUCGUGUCUGUGAUGACCUGCUGUGCGCUUGCAGCCAUCAUGUCAACUGCAGACUCUGCACUGAUGGGGGUUUCAAGUGUGAUCUCCAAUGACAUUCUCUCGAAGACCUUGCUUCCCGCUCUCUCGAGCGAAAAUGUAGUCAGGGCAGGCACUGUUGCAUCGCUCUGUGCAUGCAUGGUGUCCUUCUUCCUUGGGAACUGCCUGACGAGUACACAGAUGGGUGCCAUCAAGAGUUUCAAUGGGGGUAUGAUGAUGCAGCUGUUGCCAGCCUUUGGCAUGGGGCUUUACACUGAAGUGUCAGAGCGAUCUAUCACAUUGGGAAUUGUAGCGGGCCUCCUGUCGCUGUUGGUUCUUGUCAUAUGUGGAGACUCUUUAGGGAGCUAUGUGCCGGACAUUAGUCUCUCGGCUCUCCUCAACUUUCUCACGGUGGGCCUUUCCCAUAGCAUGCAGUGCCUAGCUGAUGAAAGUGCGAGCAAGCUUCUGAAUGUCAAGGCGAUCCGUGACAUGAUGGCCUCUUCCAGAGAGCCCAAACUGGCCCUCGUUGCUCUUAUGCUGAGUCUUGCUUUGGUAUCAGCACCAUGGUACAGCACGCCCGGCGCGCGGGAACCCAUAAUCUUUGGUUUCCCUCGCUGGGGCUGCUUUCAGCUUGGAGCCUUUGUUGUUGUAUUUUUCCUGGGGAUGCUAACCGUGACCCUGUGGAAGCCGCCCCAGCCUGUGGCGAAGGCUGUUCCGCCUCCUUGUGAUGUGCAAGGCGUUGUGGAGAUGCCGGCCGACGCAGCCACCAAGUGCUAG